CGGCACGGCGAUGAGGAUCACCCUGGACAGCGCGCCGACGCGUUCUACCUCCACAUGGACGGCGAGGUCCACCGCGCCCGGCUGGAGGGCGACCUCCUCGUCUGGGACGACGGCGACAUCUGGGCCCGGGGCCGGGCGGAGGAGGACUUCGAAGGCCGGUGGGCGCUCCAGAACGUCCCGGGGAUCGUCCACGUAAUAAAGGACGGCCAGAUACACGGACCUGACGGCUACAAGAUCGACUUCGCCGUCCGCGGCCGCGACCGCCUGUGCAUUGAGCUGCAGGGCGCCGUGCACGUCGCUGAGCUCCUGGGAGAGCAGCUGGUGUGGGACGACGGCGACACGUGGGUGCGGGAGCAGGA